AGCAAAUGGGACGUAUGCAUAUACGACAGUGCUGAUUUUCUAGUCAAGUAACAUCCUAUUUAAAAUUUUGAAAUGCACACACAGGGUUAUGUCACAUUGCCCAAGUUAUAAAGGGGGAUAACGAUGUUUUACUUAAAGGAGUAGGAGAUAAGAGUGCUAUCGAAGAAGUGAAACAUAUACUUGAUACGGCUAGACGUGCAGCAACCAGAAGAGAGGUAUUCCAUACAGAUUUUCUAACCCCACCAGUAUUAAAGGAAUCCAUGAUUGUUCUGCAAAAACUGGCUGAUGUUAAGGCAGUUGCACAGGGGGGGUAUCCUCAGGCUGAGCGUUGCCGUCUUUCUAUUGGACAUUCAGAAGUAUUGACCAAUGAUCCUAAUGUAGUUGCAGCAAUAAAUAUCUCGGGAAACUUCAGCUUUCAACCUUGUUCUCAUGGUGACUUCCUUGGUGCAAUUCUUGGUAAAGGUAUUGCUAGGGAGAAGCUUGGGGAUAUUAUCUUGCAGGGAGAAAAGGGAGCUCAUGUCGUGAUUGUUCCUGAACUCGUUGACUUUCUUAUGUCGACACUGGACAAGGUUGCUAAUGUAUCAGUAUCAUGUACACAGAUACCUCUGCUUGCACUUGAAUAUGAGCCACCAAGGACGCAGUCAUUCAAAACCGUAGAAGCAUCACUUCGUGUUGAUGCUCUUGCUAGUGCAGGAUUUAAGAUUUCUAGAUCUAAACUAGUUAAUUUGAUAAGCAACGGAGAUGUACGCGUAAAUUGGACAACUGUCACAAAAAAUGGAACAACUCUCAAGACCGGUGACAUUGUCUCUGUUAGUGGGAAAGGAAGACUAAAGAUUGGAGAAAUUAACAGUACAAAGAAGGGAAAGUUUUCUGUGGAACUCAUUCGGUAUUUGUAGGGUUUUAGAAGACAAGCAAUUGAGUAAAAGGAUGAUUUGGAGUUUAGGCAAUUGAGGAUACACAUUGUGAUGUUUCUAACUAAACAAGGGAUUCUCAAAUAUCAGAAGCCAUAGAAAAGAAAAAAAGGAAUUGCAUUACAAGGAGUCUUGUUGAGAAUAAUUCAAAAUAAUAUUGGUGGGAUGUUUAGAAAAUCUUGGUAGUAUCUUGGUAGUUUCAGAUUUUCUAGUUUGACUAAAUAAUUUGUUAGCUAUUUUUAUCUUAAGUUAGUUUUCAUGUAAGCCUAUAAAUAUAGGCAUUUAUUCUUUGUUUUUUACUCAUUCAGAAUUCAUUAAUAAGAGAGCAACUUUCCUACA